AUGGCGAGAAACAAGCUUCUCAAGUCAAAGAUCGAAGGCGACAGUGCGGCCCUUGCUUCAACCUUGUAUGGAGCAAAUCUUGGCGAGACGGAAAAGACGCUGAAGCGGUAUAGUCAGGAGGAGCUGGCCAGUCUACACGGUUCGAGAGAAGAUGAUGCGGAUCAGGACUCUGGGUCAUUCGAGAUGUGGAAGUCGGCCAAUCAAGACGAGGUCGCCGCCAUGUUCGUCUUCGCCCUGGACAAGGCCCCGCUUCGCAGGACUGGUUAUGUCACGUGGUACGGCGCACGGGGGUCCGAAGACAAUAUGAUGGACCUCUUUGAGGAGAUCAUGAGCAUGCCCGAGCGUUCGCUUCAACCCAUAGACGAGGAAUGGGACGAAAUGCAAACGUCUCUCGACAAGAGAUCGAGGAUAUGGCAGCGAGGAGGGCGCGGGGACUGGAGCAAGGGGGACGAAAGUAGAAUUGUGUGGCGCGGAGGGAGCAACGGCGGGGAUUGA